CAUAGUGUUUUUCUACUUCUGGUCCCAGUUGACUUUUCGUCCACAAACGUUGGUGUGGCAGCCGUGUUCAAAACUUAACAAAUAACAAAACCUGGCGUAGCGGUCUGGCGUGGUGGAUAUGGACUGAAGGUUCUGAAGUUCGCCCGCUUUUACUAAACGGAUUCGUUUAGCCGCACGUUUCUGCGAGUGGUGCAAGCUCUCCUAUUCUCUAGUUGGAGCGGACCAAGACGCUCCACGAGCACCUGAAACCAAAGCAUGUCCUCCAAAACCGAAAUGAGCACCUCGCAGUGGGUGCAGUUCUUCCGUGCUGCGGGACUGCCGCAGGAUGUGUCGGUGCAGUACGCAGUGGUGUUUGGUGACAACCGCAUCCAGUGGGGCAUGCUCAUGGACCUCACCAAGGAGUACCUCUUUGACAUGGGAAUCCACACCAUGGGGGAUGUCAUCGCCAUCCUGAAGCAUGCCAAGUACGUCCACAGCAAGGAGGCACAAGAGAAGCUGAUGCGUGGCACACCAUCGUCGGGGGCCCAGCUAGCGGUCGGCAUCCCACGUCGAUACACGCCCGUCAAGGCAUCGCCCAGGCCAGAACCACCUGUCGAGGCAGCACCAGUGAGCAGGGUCAGCUUUCCGAGCAACUAUGCAGCACCUGAGCCAGAGCCGCGGGCCACGGUGCGGCCGCUGACCAAGCGGCGUCUAGGCGACGAACCUGCUGCAUCGACCCCUGUGGCCACCAAGCGGUUGGGCAUCGGCUCCUCGGCCUCUCAGCGAGUGGCGCCGCAGCCAGUCGCCCACACCGAGGGCCCCACGCUCAAGGUGGUCCUGCCCGCCGGCACCACUGCCCGCACCCGCCAGCUCCUGGCCGCCAGCCAACAAGGUUUGUCAGCUGGGACACAAGCUGCUGGCAAGCGAUCAGUCUUCGACCGGCUUGGCGAAAGCUUAGUGAGCAGCACGACCGACGCUAAGCCGGGAAGCAGCACCGUCUUCCAACGCCUGGGACCAAGCACUGCCGAGGAGCCAGAAAGUGCACCACCAAAGACUGUGUUUACUACCAAGCGGCAGCUGCCUGCGCCUUAUCAAGCCGUCCUGGAAGCUGCAGCCAAGCCAAGCCGUAUCAUCCAACUCACUGCCCCUGCCAACACAGGCAGGCCACUGAUGCGGAGGCAGGUCCUGCCACCAACAGCCUCGUCUCGCGGUGCUGCCAUGAGCGGUGAUUCUGGUGGAGGAGGAGUCAUGCUGCGACGGUCGCUGACCGAGGCUACCUCGGGAAGGCUUGGGGGCUCGCAGGGACGCUUCACUGCCAUUGCAGGUGUCGCAUCAACGAGGUUGGUUGCGGCUCGCGACCGCCUGGGGCCCAAGUUGCGAGCGUCGACGACAACUGGUGUUGUUCGGACGACAAUGCGCACGACAGUACCGACAUCAGCUGUGGCCGCUACCCGGAAAGGAAGCGCUGUGGUUCUGACAUCGAACCGUGCAGCCACGCUUUCUCGUGUGGGCUUCAGCGGCAGCACUGCUGCCCCACAGAGUGUCUUUUCUCGUCUAGGUGCAAAUCGUUAGCGAAGUGCUGCUGUCUGUUAAUGUCACAUUUCAUCAGCGGCACUGCUUCUCAGUUUUGCUCUCUCUCUGUCUCUCUCUGGCCGGUUUAUGGGAUUACCAAGAUGGCUUCUGGCCACUUGUACUUCAAUAUGUCCAUAUGUUGAUUGAAUGCAAGUUAUGCAGUAGGCAGCUUGACUGUUCCUUUGCAUUCAAUAAGCAAGCAGGUCUGGUUCAUAGCGCUACACAUAAAUGUUUGCCAUUUAUUUUCACAAUAACUGCAAGGCUAAACAAUUUAUUCACUCAAGGAAGUGAUACUUUAGGCCAGUUUGUAUUAGGUAGGCACAGAAAUAAUUACCAGGCAUGCAAAGUGUACUUAAGCAGGAAUGAACAUGCGCAGGCUCGGUAUGUCUGUGUUGUGCGUGGAAAGCAUGCAGACGUACCACAUGUCCUUGGGUGUACCAAACCUUUAAUACCAGCACUGUGAACGUUUCUUAAAGUGAUGCACUGAUCUGGCAGUGCGUUCGGGCACCUGAAAAUUUUACCAACAAACCAUACAAAAGGCAUCUGAUAGAAGGGACAUCAGCGUCACUGGGUGCAGGUAAUAAAGCUUACGGAAUUCAGAGCGAGCAAAAAAUGAUCUGUCUUUUUGCUAUAUGCCAUUUUUCGAACAUAUUCUAAUAUCCUAAGCAUAAAGCUACUCCUGAAAAAUAAAACAUUUACGCUUUUAUUACUAGCUCUGAAAAUGUCAUAAGGCCAUUUCGCUCCCCCACAACCUUUCCAGCUUCCGGUAGUGCAGCUUUUCCAGACUACUGCGGCCUGAUACGCGCCAUUUAGUAGCCUUCAUCUCGAAACUUGAGGUUUCUAACAGUCGUUGUACACGCAUUGUCAGGAUAGAGUGCUGUGCUUGGUAUGCAAAACUACUGCUGUGAACAUUUCCAGGGCUGUAAGGCCGAUCAGUGGGAAUGUGUUUUCGUGCGUUUUCAACCAUUGUUUUCAGUUUAUUAAGUAUCACAGCCUCUCUCAGCAUUUCUAGUGCUGCCCUAGUAAAUUGAAAUGACUUGGCUCACAUUCCUGCCAAUGUGAACAGAUGAAUGUGACAUUAUCAUGGCAGUAGGGCCUGAAUAUUGGUAUGGAAAAAAGUGUAUAUAGCAAGAGUAAGCAAGAUGUACACGGUCACAUGGCUCUUUCUUUGUCUAUACAUCAGGUUGUAUGCACGUCAGUUUCUUUUUUCAAAUAUUUUAUUUCUGUGUCAUUUAGUGCUAUAAAUCAUGCACUAACACACAUGCCAUGUGACCACAAAAAGCCAUCCAGCCGUGCAUCUUGCUUACUCUCACUGUCUGCGCUAUUUUCCAUUGCUGUCAUUAAAAAGUUGUUAAUUGGCACUUUGUGUGUCAAAUGUCUUAAUUCUCUACAUCCAUGUCGAAAGCAUUGCUUUGCAGCGCAGUGUUUCAUCAUGUCACAGAAACAACUAGCCCACUACAGCACAUUAUUGAACAUCGGUGCUUGGAACGUUUAUCAGCGAAUGCAGCAUGUUCUCGUUUCUGGUAAUAAAUGCUCAGUCGAUUGUUUUUUAUGCUAGGGAGGUAAAGGUCUUGAGCAGGCAGAAGAGAGCAAGGCUGUCAUGCAUCCACCGACUCCUUCAGUCAUUAAUCGUAUAGACUACCAUAUAGGGCUUCUGCCACUCGAGGUCAUUUGAAGGUAUUCAGAAACUGAAAAUACAGCAUGUGCAAAUACAGCAUGUACACGUUUCAUUGCUGCAGCAGGGUCUGUCAAAUAAGAGCACUGCUGUAACUGCAAAUAUGAAUCCAGUGUCCCUGUCUCUCUCUCUCUCUGCUUUUGUUAUAUGCAUGUAAUGAUGUAAUAAUGUUAUAUGCAUGUACAUGAUGGGGGACAGCAAAGCCACCGAUGUCGAAUGACAUCUGUCGCAAAUGUUGUGAGAGUCGCAAGGAGAGCAGAAAAGAGAAGCAGUACUUCUGACUUUUGCAGCACCAUUUUCUUUUACAUCAUCGCGUUACAUCAUUACCGAGUUCAAUGGAAUCCCUGUUAAAACAUUUCCGCACGCAUUCCGAUGAUUGUAUAUGUUUUCCACACAGGCCACCCGCAAAUCACAGUGCCUGGCAUAACCCACAUCAUGCUAUCUGGAUGCCAAUUCACGGAAAAUGUAAAGUUGCAGGGGUGAGUGCAGAAAUGUUUUAGCGAGGAUAAGCAGCAGUUACACAAUGUGUUUUCUUUUUAAUUAAUUACUCCAUUGAUAGCAUAGGUGGGUGUGAACGGUGGGUGUGCCAUGCGUGACUUCUCCAGCGGUGUGUCGUGUUCUGCUACAACACAAUUUCAUAGUGUUCAGAAGAGCAUCAUCAUUAGUUCAUCAGUGUUGGGUAAAGCGGCUGUUCUUUCAACUGUGCAUGAAGCAGUUCUGCUGCUUCAAAGAAUAUACUUUUUUUUAUUUAUUGCAGCAAGUGCUGUCGCCGGUCUAAUGUGUCCUGACUAGCAUUUCAGCAAUGUUCAAGUACCCGUUUAGUGCUCAUUUGCACUUGAAUGUGGUGCAGCCAUUUGCUUUGCCCCUUAACUAAGAAGUCUGAAGUCAGUUAAAAGCAGAUUGGUAAUGGUGAGAGGCUCACAAAAUAUGGGUUUCCCAAGCAGGAGUAGUAGUUGACUGUCUUUAGCAGCACCUUUGCAUGAGGGGAUAUGUAUUCAAUGUGCAAUGGUUCCUUGGCCUUGCCUCACAUUAAAGGUGUCCCAGUGAUAGGUCUCCAGACCCAACACCACCACUGGGCACACAAGUACAACUUGACUAGGAUAAGGCACGUGUUUGUUUAUAGGACCCUAAAGCUUCGUAAAGAUUUAAGAACUUUGGUGCAGCAUUCAUUAUCAAAACUGCAAGAGUCAGCGUUACGACUUUAGAACUCGCUUGUGCGUGUGCCAAAAGCUGUAGGAGACCGCCAGUCGCUGCCUCAAUUUCGGAGCAUCAAUCUGUGGCUCUGGUUCGGUGGUCACAGUUGCCUAGCAGUAUAGGUUAAUGUUCUUGUUCUUGCUGGGUUCACAGGUGUUGGUUACAAUGCCAAGCACGCGUAUUGCUACAGCAGCUUCCUGCGUGCAACUGUUAUCGCGGAAAGCACUUUUAAGUUUGACCGAUGUUUGACCCAUGCCCUGGGUUGGCCUCCGGUUCCUGUGCACCUGCGGAAGUUAAAUUCAUUGCGCAAUUACGCAAGCGCUUCAAGUGAGAAAUGCUUUGAACAUUUCAGCAUGUACACGAGGCACUGUGACAUUUUUUUGAACGUUUCUUGCAAGAGUGCAAGCUGAAACAAUGACCAUUUUGCUGACACGUCUUGUGCCUAUAGUGCACUCUUGAUAUUUUAUCUAUCGGGCACAGUGAGGGACCUCGUUUUGCUUGCACUUUUUUUUUAUUGUAGAUCUGGUUUGAACAAACCUUUCCGUCUUCAUAGAAGAAAAGAAGGGAGUAAAAUCUGAAUGCUCAUGAUGUGACAGUGAUACCUAAGGCGUCAUGACUGAUGCACGAGCCCUUCACUAUGUUGUUCCAUUCAUCACGAAAGUGUCAUUGUUGUAUAUGUUUGUGGUGUGGGCCCCUUCACACCUCAAAGACAAGCUCACAGCCUGGGGGUGUGGUCGUUCUAUGUGUGCAUACAUGUCUAAGGGCUCUGACAUGCCGAGGGCUUUGUGUGUGCUAUAAUCUAUUGUCAUGGUAAGUCAACUGGGGCAAGUGUUUGAAACAGAGUUGUGCUCAUAAAUAGCAUUCUGAUGAAGGAGGUGCCACAAUCACCAGUAACGUUAACAUAAAGCCUUGAUGCACUGAAUUAAAAAAAAAAAGUUAGGGAGAAAUUGUCGAAAGUGAGCAGUACAUUUUCUUUUUUAGUUUUGUUGCCGGCUGAUUCUGCAAUGUACAGUGCUACAUUUAUUAAGCCUCCACACUGCAUUCCCCAUUUAUCAGUAGCAGUUUGAGUGCAACGAGUCUAUUGAAUUGAUUUCUUAUUUUGAGUUUGAUGGCUCUUGUUCAUUUAAUUAUUUCCUGCGUGCUUUAAUGUGAACAUCUUCAGUACACCUUAGUUAGGCCAUCUCGCGAACACAAGGCCCACAACUCGGUUGUCAGUAACUGGCAGGUUGCAACAGAGGUGCAUGCAGGGGUCCUGGGAAUCAGUCCAUGCUUGCAUCUGAGGCUUGAGCCUGCAGGAACACUCAAAAAAGAAUACCGUUGAAAAAAAGUGUGCACACGAAGUGGAAAAAAAUGCAAACGGAAUCUACACCAGUGCAGAACUGAGACAUUUUUUUGAAAGUAUACACUACUGCAGUAAUGGUCAGAACAUGCACUUGAAGCCACUGUAAGCUCACUUGAUAAAGGGAACAGAGCUUGCAGCAAACAGUUCAUAGAGCAGACGGCAAAGCUUAUUUGGUGAACUGAGCCCACUUCAGUGUGGUAUCUGCCAAGUACUCCACACAAUCUGAAUCACCUCAAGUUUUGUAGCGUGCAUUCAUUUUUUUCCAAAAAUGUACGAUUAGGCUAGUUGCUUUGAUAUAUAAGCUAUUCUCCAGUUCACAAAUGGGACAACCAUCUUGUCUCGUGUUUUCUAUCUGGUUGUACCACUUAUGCACUGGUAAAUAGCAUUGUUUCUUUACAAGUGUAUGUACAGUAAAGUGCGUUUCUGAGUACCCUUCUCACCCAUUUUAUGCCCCUCAUCUGUCUCUCGGUCAACAUGCUUGACUAUCAAGCCGCACUAUGCUCAAGUGGUAAACACUCUUCUUUGCAUUAGCUGUUGCACGUCUGAAAAAAGCCGUGUGGAGCUUAUCUGCAGACUUGAGGCUCCAUACUUUUCCUUUCUAGGAGCAGUACAAUAACCAAUUUUAGAAGAAAGCAUUUCCUAUGUCUAUUGUGGUUACCCAAAUUGGGUUAUAAGGUGUGUUGCCCAUUUCUUUAUUGAUAGGUUUCAGUAUUCACUAUACUUUUUCUGCAUAUCGAGAGUUACCUUUCAGUGUGUGCCAUGUGUGUGUGUGUUUGCAAGGUUGACAGAGAAACGGCCACUAAAGUUAUAUGCUUGUGUUCACUACAUCCUUUAUCGUGUUGAAAAUAAAUACAUUUGCAAUGCGUA